CGCCCACACAAAAAAACUAUGCCCCUCUAUCUCUAAUCGAUACCCAUAGCGGACAUUAGACCCCUCCAACAUUUUUAUGUGCCAAUAUCUGUAACAUAUGAUUUGCAAAAUAUCAUUCUGAAUCAUUGUCGCCGGUGACUCACGAAGGAUUUGGGAAGCGGAAACCCAGCCAAUAAUACACAUUAUAUGAAAUUUACUCUUCAAUCUGGCUUCGCUACCCUUUCGAUUUAAAGCGGGUGGCGACGGCAAGAUGCCUUCGGCCACACACUCCCACCGGCCAACCACUAAAGUUGUGCAUAAGGCCUUCAAAUCGAAGAAGGCUACGAAAGGCGCCCUUCGCGAUCAAUCCAAAGGCAAGGUACCUAACGAAAGGCGAAAGACUCCCCACCAACAAGUCAUGUCCAAAAUCGAUCGACGAAACCAGGCCAAGCAGCGCCAACUUACCAAGCAUAAAGAGCACCAGAAGGAGGCUUCUAUAUUCAUGGGUCGAGAUGGCGCCCCAAGAAUUGUUGCUGUUGUCCCUCUAUGUGCCGAUGGCGAUGCCCUCGCCGCUAUCCAAAACCUCAAUGGUAGUCUAGAUAUCGAGUGUGAUGUCUCCACCUCCACAUUUCGCGUCCCGGUCGACCGCUUCAAACAAAAAUUACAAUAUGUGCCAGUCAAGAGAGACCUCUCGGUCUGUAUGGAUGCUGCUCGAGUCGCCGACUUCAUUGUCUUUAUAUUGUCUGCUGAGACCGAAGUUGACUCCUUGGGAGAGCUAAUCAUUCGAAGCAUCGAAAACCAGGGUAUGUCGACAUUGUACACCGUGGUCCAGAACCUCGAUAAGGUCGAGCCCGCAAAAGCCAGGCCCGAUGUCGUCAAAUCGUUAGCCUCCUUCAUGACACAUUUCCAUCCUGGCCAGGACAAAGUCUACAGUCUUGACUCCAGGCAAGAAUGCUCUAACCUGAUGAGGUCCCUUUGCAGCACAAUGCCGAAGGGAGUUAACUGGAGAGACCAACGAUCAUGGAUGCUUGUAGACAGCGUACGGUGGGCAUCCGCUGAAGGAGAGUCUACUGUACUCACAGGUGUCGUCCGUGGAAAGGGGCUGAAAGCUGACCGAUUAGUGCACGUGGGCGAAUGGGGCACUUUUCAAAUAGAAAAGAUCACAGCAGCUCCUAUAUCGAAUAGAAAACGAAAAGACGAGGGUAUGGCUGUGGACGACGCGGAAGAAGAAAAGUUACUGGAGACGCCAGAUGAAGAUCUGGAUGAUCUAGCCGAGUUAGCUCCUGAAGAAGCUGUCAUGAACGAUAUUGACGAUGGAUAUGAUAUGGAAUCCAAAGCCCCGACAGCUCAAAAGGGUGUUUUACUCGAUGACCAUCAUUAUUUCUCGGAAGAAGAGCCUGAGAGAUAUGAGGUGCCUAAAAAAUUACCUAAGGGAACAUCCGCUUACCAAGCAAAGUGGAUUUUAGAUGACGCCUCAGACUCUGGAUCAGAGUUUGACGAAGAAAUGCAAGACAUGCAGGAUGAAACGGUCCCAGCCAGGCCAGAAGAUGGUGUGGAAGGUCUCGCUGGCCGUGAACCUACUGAGGCGGCCAUGUCUGAGUAUCCUCAAUCUGAGGCUUUUGUGGAGCCAAAUGAGGACGAGGAUGCGCAGCAACUCUCUGCGUACCGGGAUCGCAAACGCGACGAAGUAGAAGAAGACAAAGAAUUUCCUGAUGAGAUUGAAUUACAUCCACAUGUGCUCGCCCGCGAAAGGCUAGCCAAAUACAGAGGUCUCAAGAGUCUGAGAACAAGUCCUUGGAAUAAGGAGGAAGAUCUACCAUAUCAGCCUGAAGAUUGGGCUAGACUUUUACAAAUUCAGGACUAUCAAUCUUCGAGAAACCGAGCGCUUCGCGAAGCUUUGAUUGGCGGUGUUGCUCCUGGAACCCGAGUCAAUGUUUAUCUUAAGGGUGUGCCUGCAACCGUACAGGAGACCUAUAACCCCUCGCACCCAGUUACUCUCUUCAGUCUCCUCAGGCAUGAGAACAAGAAGACAGUAGUGAACUUUGACAUUGCGCACAAAGAUGACUACGAAAAAUCAAUCAAGGCGAAAGAAGAACUCAUUGUGCAGUGUGGUCCUCGGAGAUUCGUCAUCAACCCUCUAUUCUCCAACAGUGGAAGCACCGAAAAUGAUGUUCACAAAUACAGCCGUUUUCUUCACCCAGGAGAUGCUGCAAUUGCGACUUUCAUGGGUCCCGUCACUUGGGGCUCUGUCCCUACGCUGUUCUUCAAGCGGCUGACUCCAAAGUAUAGCGAUGGCCCAGCAGCUCUCCCUCUCCAGCUAGUUGCCACAGGCACCUCUCGUGCGCCAUCCACCUCCCGGGUGGUUGCUAAGCGUGCAAUCUUGACUGGUCACCCUUACCAUAUGCACAAGAAGGUCUGUACUAUCAGAUGGAUGUUUUUCAACAAGGAAGAUGUCGAAUGGUUUAAAGCUCUCCCACUUUGGACAAGAAGGGGUAGGAGUGGUUAUAUCAAGGAGACGCUAGGUACUCACGGUUACUUCAAGGCUAACUUUGACGGCAAAAUCAACCCUCAAGAUUCAAUUGGUGUCAGUCUAUACAAGCGUAUGUGGCCACGGAGUGCCACACCGUUCACUGGACCUUUAUUAGAAGGGGGUGAGGCUGUUGGACAAAGUGAUGCGAUGGAUGAAGAUGUCCAAUAGAGGUUUACAUGAUCUGGCGUUCCGGGUAUAUAGUUUUGAUGAGUUAUGAAUGGUCACAUGGCAAACAGCCAACAAUUUCAAGUUUACUUUUUGCAUAUGAA